CACACAAUCUCAUCCUCUCUUCUUAUCUUCUUCUUCUUCUUCUUCUUCAACAACUUUUUACUUCUUCCUAAUCAUUUUCUUUUAAAAACAAUUUCAAUUCAAGUAACAAAUACAAAUACUCAUGGCUAACUUUGAAGAAGUUUCAGCUCUUAAACGUAUCAAAUUCCAUCUUCUCGGUGAAUUUUCUCCACUUCCAUCUCCUAUUUCAACACCUUGCUUUGAUUUUGAUUUUGAUUUUGAAUUUCAAACCAACCAAACAGCAUCUCAAUCAGAAUCCAAUUCCUCCACUUCAAUCUCUAUGAAUCAAUAUUUCACUAACCUCCUUGAAACAGAUGCACAAAUUCCACUGUUUGAAUUUGACACAAAACCUCAAAUGAUGGAACAUGAGAGCCCUAAAGCUCUAACAUCAUCUCAUCCUUUUAGCCAAUCUCAACGAACCACAGAGAAGAAGCCUAAACUGGCUCGAAAACCCUCGCUAGAAAUCGCUCUACCGAAGAAAACUGAAUGGAUCCAAUUCAGUAAACCGGAUCCAAAACCGGAGGCGGUUGUCCAGAAGCCUGAAGCAGUUAAGAAACAGCACUACAGAGGAGUUAGACAAAGACCAUGGGGAAAGUUCGCCGCCGAGAUCCGUGACCCGAACAAACGAGGUUCAAGAGUUUGGCUUGGAACUUUUGAAACUGCUAUUGAAGCUGCUAAAGCCUACGAUUCAGCCGCUUUCAGGAUGCGCGGAUCCAAAGCGAUUCUCAACUUUCCACUUGAAGUCAACGCAGCCGCGGCGACGGAGACCGCAGUCACAGCGGUGGAAACCACCGGUGACGGCAAUAAGAAACGGUGCCGUGAAGAAGAAGAAGAGGAGGUGGUAGAAGUAAAACCGGUGGUGAAAAAGGAGAAAAUAACGGAAUAUGAUAUGAGUUGUUUCAAAGAGAUGCCUUUAACGCCGUCUUUUUGGACUGGUUUGUGGGACGGAGAUGUCAAGGGGAUGUCCAGCGUUUCACCGUUGUCUCCGUUAUCUUCCUUCUGUUUGUCACCUUUAGUUGUUGUGUGAAAUUUCUAUUUUAGGUUUUUUUUCUUUUCUUUUCUUAUGGCAUCCUGAGCAGAGAUGAGAAAUGUACAGUUUAUGAAAUUAUUUCAUUUAUUCACUAAUUAUUUAAUUUAUUCACUGAAUUUUCUUCUUA